GUCUGUCAGUUAUUGCAUCAGUCCGAGAGAGAGGUCCAACAUGGAGAGGUCUCUGACAGUGUACUUAGUGCUGGGAGCAGUUGCAGCUGCUGCUUGUGCGUCAUUACCCGUAAUGCAAUGGACAGAAGAUGACAUCUCCGCCAUGUGUGUCAUCAGCGCUGAUUACUACAACAAAGUGUCCGGGGAAGACGCUGUCUAUAAGCUCCUUGGAAAUAAUUCUGAGUAUAUGAUGGAUGCGGCCUCCCGUUGCCACCGACUACAAUUCACAGUGAAAGAAACUUUAUGCCAGAAAGCAGACAACAGAACGACAGCGGAGUGCGCAUUCAGAGACGACGGUGUGGUUAAAUCCUGCACAUCCUCUAUCUUUGCAGAGAAGGAGCGGGAUAUCAUUGUGGUGACAUGUGACAACCUCCAUCUAGAGCACAAAAGAGAAAAGAGGUCAAAGCAAGGCGGCAAAAGUGGAAAGCGCGGAGGUCGUGGUGGAAAAGGCAUCUUUAAACCUGGAUUUGGCUCGGCCAUUGCUGGGGUCAAUAGAAAACCAAAAAUCUGAUUUGCUUAAAUUACUUUAUAUUUCUGUGUUGUUGUUUUUAUGCAGAUUUUAAUAAAACUUAAUUUUCUGCAAAUUGUUUUCAUUAGAUACCAAUAA